AUGACUAACACUGGCCUGAACGAAAGCAAAGGGGGAAGGACAACAUUUGCGACAGAGAGGCGGUUGCAUCCGUCACCAACCAUAGACGACGACGUCCGUCGUCGUCAAAUACGAAGCCGUAGCCAUACCUCCUGCGCCGAUCUCUCACAGUCGCAUCCGCUCCCUACCUCGUCUCUCACCGCUCACAGUCGCAUCAUCUCUUUGUCUUUCCACUCCGGCGGACAGCUGCAGGCGGGCGGCGACCUUCUGCUCCUCCGAGCCUCUGAUCUCCAUCUGUCACUCACUCACAAGAGGCCCGGGAUGUUGUUAACUAAAUUUGAGCCGUGGACAUUACUUAUAAGGAAGAAGUAUCAAAUGCAACUAAAUAAUUCAAAAAAGCAAUCCCCUAGCCCCAGAGGUGCACUGAGUUGUAAUUCUGGUGUUGAAGUUCAAUUGAGCAACUUUUCUGCAUUUGUGAUGCCUAAACGGAAGGCAAAAAAGGCAAAACAGCCUGAUUUAUCUCAUGUGAAUAAUACUGUGUGCGACAUUGAUGCAAAUCAGCUUCUGCAAGAAAAUGAUUCUAUUGACCAAGAAGUUGAACCUCAACGUGCUGCAAUCAGGACGAUUAGGGAUGUGGAGAUUGAGAGGUUACUUACUGCUUUGCGGUUGAUGAAAUCCAAUAUAAGAAAGGAACAGCUUCAGACUCCAUUACUUGAAUAUUUUGAGGGAAAUCUCCCUAACUUAACUGUGUCAAGAACAGAUAAAGAUGGACCAAUUGAAGUUAAAUGGAAAGAUAAAGGUGAUGAUUUGUCCAUGAACACAGGUGAUGGAGGAAACAUGAUCACUUCAUUUUUACAACAUAUGUCCAUGGCUUAUCCUGACUGCUCUACUGCUAUGCCAUCUGUUGGUGGCUCCGAGUUUUUAAGUAAAACUGGGAAAAUGAGCAGCUUCAUUGGCACUGAUAAUCUUCAAAUCAAGGAUUUUGUUCUGGAGGAGCCAUCAGAAACUCAUAUUCUUGGCUUUGAAGAAUCUAUGCAGACUCCUGGGGUGACGAGUCAAAGGUUGUCUGUUGGUGUGACGCCUAAAACUUUAAGGCUUCCAAAACAGGGUGAGAUGCUUCUGUCUGUUCAUGGUUCACCCCUUGGUGUUUUCAAGGAAAACAACAUGGAUGCAAUACAUGAGACAGAGGAAGAAUGAGUUGUUUCCUUCAAACACACCCAGUUUUAGUACAAACAGAUGUUGAUGAACAUGAUUCAUGAAUUAAGGUUUAUUGUUUGAGUAGAAAGUUCCUAAGAGAGAAUGGUGUAAAAUUGAAUAUGAUCAAAUGAGAGCCUUGGGUUUGUCGGUGAAGGUGGGCACCCACUUUUUCAAAGUUUCAACAUUUGCAGUUUUUCCCACCAUUUCAGUUCUUUACAUGUGUACUCCAAAGCGUUAACUUUUCCUUAGAAACGAUAGCCAUAUUUUAUAAAUUAAUUCUAAAUAUUUUACAUUUGAUACCCAUCAAAAUCCAAGAUUCAUCAAAUACUCAAGUACAUCCAUAUUUAAUGAUUAACAACCAAACUAUUGACUAACGUGGCACCUCAA